AUGGCGAUCUGUACUUAUAACGCACGUACGCUUGCAUCGGAAGCGGCCAUCGAAGAUCUGAUGAUGCAAGCCAAGAAGAUCAAGUACGACGUCAUCGGACUGACCGAGACGAGACGACGUCACCCUCUCAACGCCGUAUAUGAAACUGGAGAAGAACUGUUCUUAGGAACAUGCGACAGUAGAGGUGUUGGUGGAGUUGGCGUCCUCGUCAACACGAGUAUGGCAAAGAACAUCGACUCUUUUGAACAACUUACGACCCGAAUCGGACGUCUGCGGAUGAGAAGAUGUGGCCCAAUACCAGCUUUGACUAUCUUCGUCGUUUACGCUCCAACAUCAAGCUACGAAGAAGAAGAAGUCGAAGCUUUCUAUAUGGACCUGGAGAAGUUCUACCAAGAAGAUCAUGCCUUCUACAAGGUCAUAGUUGGCGACUUCAACGCUAAGGUUGGCCCAAGAAGAACGCCGGAGGAACUUCACAUCGGGACCCACGGCCUACAAUGGAAUGACCAGGGAGAGAGGCUCGCCGAGUUCAUCAUGACGACUAAGACCAUCCAUGGGAACUCGCAAUUUCUGAAGCCCUCUUCUUUACGCUGGACGUGGGAGUCACCCGGUGGAGGGUACCGUAAUGAAAUAGACCACAUCAUCGUCAAUAAAAGGUUCUGCCUGACGGACGUCGGUGUUGUACCAAAGUUCUAUACGGGAUCGGACCAUCGCCUCCUCCGAGGAAGAUUUUCCUUCACAAGGAGAGCAGAGAAAGCCGCCAAGUUCAGAGAGAGAAAUCCCAGGACUACCAUCAACUGGGAUCUCUUCGCUACGCUGGCCGGCUUUUGGGAAGAUUCUGCAAUGGACAACAUCGACGAGGAAUAUGACCGGCUUGUCGAACACCUUCACGACUGCGCGAAGAAGGCUGAGAGUUUUAAAACCACCAGGAGGCGCCUGUCUCUUGAAACUCUUGAGCUGAUACGCCAGCGUGGAGCAGCACGAGCCGCAGGGAACCAAGAACUCACGUCCGAGCUCGCAAGGCUUUGCCGAGAGGCGAUAAAGGAAGACCUUAAAGAGAGAAGAGCAGAAGUGCUGGCUGAAGCUGCAGAGGCGGGGAAAAGCAUCCGCUAUGCCCGUCGAGACUUCGCCAGUCGCAAGACGAGGAUGACUGCUCUCCGGAACCCAAAGGGAACAGCCAUUGCAUCGAGAAGGGGGAUGGAGAAAAUCAUCUACGACUUCUACUCUGAUCUCUUCGACAGCCAUGUCCACUUGCCUCCUCACCAUCUGAGGGAAGAUGGACAAGUCAUUCCAGAGGUUCUCCCGUCCGAAAUACGACAUGCUAUCAUGUCGGUAAGAAAUCGUACGGCACCCGGUCCCGACAGAAUAAGACCAGAACACCUGAAGAGCCUUCCGCCAGUACUCAUCAACACCCUGGCGAGGCUCUUUACACGUUAUCUGUCGGAAUGCAAGGUUCCUAAACAGUGGAAGACCAGCAAGACCGUGUUGUUGUAUAAAAAGGGAGAUCCACAUGACAUCGGCAACUAUCGCCCAAUCUGCCUACUGUCCGUCAUCUACAAGCUCUUUACAAGAGUAAUCCUUAAUAGGAUUGAAAAAGUCUUGGAUGAAGGACAGCCAUGCGAGCAAGCAGGGUUUCGAAAAGGAUUCAGCACGAUUGACCACAUUCACACUGUUUCGAAACUCAUCGAGGUAUCACGAGAGUACAAGAUGCCGCUCUGUCUCACCUUCAUCGACUUAAAGAAGGCUUUCGACUCGGUUGAGACGGAAGCGGUCGUGGAAGCCUUGGACAACCAAGGCGUCCCUACUCAGUAUAUUAAGGUACUUCGAGAGUUGUACAGUAACUUCACGACCGGAAUUUCGCCAUUCUACAAGAACAUCAUCAUUGACAUGAAGAGGGGGGUCCGACAGGGUGAUACAAUUUCACCCAAAAUAUUCACAGCCACCCUCGAGAACGCAAUGCGAAAGUUGGAAUGGGACGACAUGGGAGUGAAGGUUGAUGGUCGGCAGCUACACCAUUUGCGCUUUGCUGAUGACAUCGUACUGGUAACACCUAGCAUCAGCCAAGCGGAACGAAUGCUGACCGAAUUCGACGAAACAUGUGGAUGCAUCGGUCUUCAGCUGAAUCUACAAAAGACGAUGUUCAUGCGGAACGGAUGGGUCUCGGAUGCCCCAUUCACGCUCAACGGAACGAACAUAUCCGAAUGCACCAGCUACGUUUAUCUGGGUCGGGAACUGAACAUGAUGAACGACCUGACCCCCGAGCUGGGCAGGAGGAGACGAGCGGCUUGGGGAGCGUACAAGAGCAUCGAGGAUGUAGUGAAGAAGACCAGGAACACCCGGCUCCGUGCUCACCUCUUCAACACCACCGUACUUCCUGCUUUGACCUAUGCUUCGGAAACCUGGGCAUUUCGCAAGCAGGAAGAAAACGCGGUGAGCGUCAUUGAACGCGCAAUUGAGAGAGUGAUGCUAGGAGUAUCCCGUUUCACGCAAGUGAGGGACGGGAUUCGAAGUUCUCUCCUACGUCAGCGAUCGAAGAUUAGAGACGCCGCCGCGUUUGCCAAGGAAAGUAAAAUAAGGUGGGCCGGACACGUGAUGCGCUUUGAUGACAACCGUUGGACCAGAGCCGUGAGCGACUGGGUUCCCCGCGAUAUUAAGCGCACUACAGGAAGACCGCCGACCCGAUGGUCAGAUUUCUUCACGAAGUCCUUGAAAGAAAAAUAUGAUGCUCUUCGUGUCCCACGCGAAAGGAGGAACCACUGGGCUACUCUGGCACGCGAUCGGGACAAAUGGAAGAAUUACUGGCGCCCGCUCGACCAGUUCGAAGAUCAACGGGAGUCAAGGUGA